GUGGAAACUUGUUUCCGUGAAGAAAGACGAUUUUCUGUGGUAUUCGAAGGAGUUCUUGGACGCCGGUAGCGAGUAGAACACAAAAGAUUGACUAAUGAAAAUACGUUUAUAUGAAUUAAUGAUCUCAUCAUGACAAGUAACGUAGCAACAAUUAAAUUAGAAGAAGGGCAGGAAUCUGUGACAGAAAUACAAACUUAUUUAGAAACAUUUAAUAAGGAAAUAGAAGGAGGUCAAGGAGAGCAAUUACAACAUGUACAGUUGCAACAAGUAGAAGGAUUAUCAGGUGGUGAGGAAGGUGGAACUUAUUUUGUUGACCAAUCUGGUCAAUAUUAUUACCAAGCAAAUAAUGACGAAACACCUGUGAUGACACAAGUGCAAAUUCAAGAAGUAGAAGAAACUGAUGUACAAAAUGAAGGAGAACAUCCUCAAGAAGAACAAUACCAAGAGAUUGAAGAAUUAGAAAAUGUUGAUGGUGAAGAAGAUGGUCAAGUAGCUAAUAAUGGAAAUAAUCAAGUUGUAAUCAAUUCGGGGGAUGCAUAUCAAACUGUUACCAUUGUACCAUCUGACACUAAUCCUGGAGAAGUUAGUUAUGUAUUAAUAGUUCAACAACCUGAUUCUGAAGAAAAGGAAAUUAGACCUGUAGAGCAAGAAGGAACAGAGGGUGAAGAAGGAGAAGGUGAACAAGAUCUUACAGUUUAUGAUUUUGAGGAUAAUGAAGAUAAUGAAGCACCUGUGGAAUCAGAAGUAGAAGAUGAUAAGACCAAAAUUAUUAAGUUCCUACCUAAAAAAUCUCAAACUGUUACCCAAGCUCAUAUGUGUAAUUACUGUAAUUACACAAGUCCAAAGCGGUAUCUGUUAUCGCGACAUAUGAAAUCACAUUCGGAAGAAAGACCGCAUAAGUGCAGUGUUUGCGAAAGGGGGUUUAAAACAUUAGCUUCCCUUCAAAAUCAUGUUAAUACCCAUACUGGGACCAAACCACAUCACUGUAAAUUUUGCGACAGUGCAUUCACAACUUCCGGUGAACUUGUUAGACACGUCCGAUACAGACAUACACAUGAAAAACCGCAUAAAUGUCAUGAAUGUGAUUAUGCAUCAGUUGAAUUGUCCAAACUGAAACGUCAUAUUAGAUGUCAUACCGGGGAGCGUCCAUAUCAAUGUCCGCAUUGUACAUACGCAAGUCCCGAUACUUUCAAGUUAAAACGACAUUUGCGUAUACAUACCGGUGAAAAGCCGUACGAAUGCGAUUUCUGUCAAGCAAGGUUUACUCAGUCUAAUAGUUUGAAAGCUCACAAAUUAAUACAUAAUGUUGGUGACAAACCAGUAUUUCAGUGUGAAUUAUGCCCAACAACAUGUGGAAGGAAAACAGAUCUCAGAAUUCAUGUACAAAAAUUACAUACCUCUGAUAAACCUUUAAAAUGUAAACGCUGUGGAAAAACAUUCCCAGACAGAUAUAGCUAUAAGCUGCAUAGUAAAACCCAUGAGGGAGAAAAGUGUUAUAAAUGUGAUUUAUGUCCAUAUGCAUCAAUAUCUGCACGUCACCUUGAAAGCCAUAUGUUAAUUCACACCGAUCAGAAACCAUAUCAAUGUGAUCAUUGUUUUCAAUCAUUCAGACAAAAACAACUACUCAAACGGCACUGUAAUCUUUAUCACAAUCCUUCUUAUGUUCCUCCUCCACCGCAAGAGAAGACACAUCAAUGUCCUGAAUGUGAGCGGCCAUUCAGGCACAAGGGAAAUCUUAUUCGGCAUAUGGCUGUUCAUGAUCCAGAAUCCUCUCUUCAAGAAAAACAACAAGCACUAAAGAUGGGUAGACAGAAAAAGAUUCAAAUUAUAGAUGGUCAAAGAGUUGAAGUCAUGACAGGUGAUUUAGCUUCUAAACUUAAAGGUUAUGAAGAAGAAGAAGAAGAUGAAGACGAUAUGAUGGCGGUCGAAGGAAGUGACGGUCAGCAGUAUGUUGUAUUGGAAGUUAUUCAGCUAGCCGACAAUCAGGGAGCUGAUCAACAAAUGGCGGUUGUAGCUAGUGAGGAUGGAGAUUUAGUGAUGCAAGAUCCUUUAAGCCAAGAGAGUGGCAUUGUAACAGGUACAGGGGAAGAAGGUGACGAUGAAGAAGAAGAAACAGAAAUUAAACUGAAGAUAGAUCCGGAACCUUCUAUUAAAUCUCAAAACACUCAAAAUGAUCCAAAGUUACAGAAAGAAAUGGAAACUUGUUUUGGUUUUGACGAAGAGGAAGAAGAAGAGGACGAAGAAGCCAAUGGCAAUAUAAACAUAUUGCAAACAAUUUCGUAAUAAGAGAAAUUAAUGUACGUAAACCUAUCUACGUAAUAGUCAAAUAUUCUCUCUCGCAGUGUCAAUUUAUAUACUGUGAGUGCAGUUAAUUACUAUUUAAAGAUGCUGUGCAUAGCUCUAAUGGAGCUAUCUCUUGGGGCUAGCAUGAUCAACAUAAAUGGUACAAGAACAUUUUUUGCCACUACUGCACCAGAUGUAUGUAAUAAUUUAUGAAGAAACAGUAGUUUUGUGGUUUAGUGAAAUGUCAAGCAGAUGUACAAUUAUAGUAUUGUAAAAUAUCAUUUUACUUUAUUAUCAGUGAAAAUUAUUUUCUAUAAAAAUGGUCGUAAAUCGCGAAAACUGUUACUGACGGGAAAAAAGUACAUUAGCAGUGUAGGUUGGCAUAAUAUUUUUAAACAAGUUAUUUAAAAACCUUAAUGUAAAAGCAGAGCACAUAGUAAUACCUUUGAACUGAUUGAUAUCAGUGAUUGUUGGAAUAUGGUUAACAAAAGUGAAAUUAUAGGAUAACGUAAGGCUGCAUUGUAAAUAAAUGCUUACCAUUACACCUCAUUUUAUAGGUAAAUAUCAUGUUCUAUAAAUAUAUAGAAUAAAGGCAAGUGGGCGGAUUUAAUUGUAUUAAUCGUAUUUUAUGUUAUAUGUGAAUCAAUUUGCUUACAUAUAGUGUUGUAUAUAGGAAAUCAUAAUGGAAAAGAAAAUUAGAAAUUUUUCAUUAACCUGGAAGAUAUUCAUAAGUGUAUAUUGAUAUUUCAUAAUAACGACGAACUGUCAUUUUACAAAUAACUACAUGGAAUAAAAUUUUUAGUAAACGUAUAAAAAUGUGAAUGCUAGGAAGUAAUUUGAUGUUGCAUGUAAUUUUUUAUCUCACGUUUUUCUUUAAAAAACAAAAUUUUCAAAAUAUUAUUUCUCCCAGGUUAAUUGCGAUUAUUCUAAUAAAACGAGAACAUAUAUGGUGAAAUGGAUUGCAUAUAUUACAACAAAAAAGAAAGGAAAGAAAAGAAAAGAGCGAAACUUCUGAGUAGUUGAACUUUUUUGUGUUGUCUGAUUCUGUGACAAUUGUGAUUCUGUAACAACCAGAAAUAGCACUUUUCUAUUGAUACAAAUUAUAUGGAUUUCUCUUAUGUAAUGUAGGUAUUGUAUACGUAAUCUUACACACAGUUUUUCAUACAUUGCACGUAAGUUAUUCUAUGUACCUCGUCAAGAUAAGGAAAAAAAAAAUACUGAAUUCUGUAAAAAACUUGUAAAAUUUUUUUACACUCGAAUUGUACAAUUGUAAUUGAGUGACUGAUAAUUAUUACGUGCUCUUCAAAUUUAAGCACUUUCGUACAUUAUCCCAAAGAAAAACGGUGUAGCAUUUUCUCUAAUAAUAAACGUUAUGUCGUCAAUAA